AGUUUGUUUUCCUUUUGUUGCUGCAGGACCCAAGGGGAUAAGUGUUAAGGGAAAAAUCCUAAAGCGCUUUAAAAAUGUAAACAAGGGAAGAAUACUGCUGAUGAUGGGAACUGUAAAAAAGAUAGAGCGGCCCUAGGAAUCAGCCCGUUUGCAUUGCCUGCUGCCUUGUCUUGUGUGUGACUAAGGUUCAAGUCCAUCCCCAUCCCCAACGCACGAAAACAAAGUUGGGUGAUCCAACUGCUCACCAUCUUGGAGUUUAAACAAGCAUGUCAACAUGGCAAAGUUUCGAAGAAGGACUUGUAUCAUCUUGUCACUUUUUAUUCUCUCUGUUUUCUCCUUGAUGAUGGGUUUAAAAAUGCUGAGACCUGACAGAGCUGUUUUUGGUGACCCUUUGGGACUUGACCUUCUUCCAGAUCUUCGUAAACGGACAUCUCACUUGCGCAAAAAUUUUGAUUCGCAAAGAAACGACAAAAUCAACAGUGAAGCAAAUACCAAGAAUCUAAAAAGUUUGGGGAUCACUAUGAAACCUUCCAAAACCUCUGAACCUUCCCUAGGAGAACAAUCACCUCUGAACUACUACUUCCACGUCUUUUAUUACAGUUGGUAUGGAAAUCCUCAGUUUGAUGGGAAGUAUAUACAUUGGAACCAUCCAAUCUUGAAGCACUGGGACUCUAGGAUCAGCAAGGAUUUCCCACAGGGGAGACACAGUCCCCCGGAUGACAUUGGCUCCAGCUUUUACCCGGAGUUGGGGAGUUACAGCUCUCGGGACCCUUCCGUCAUUGAGGUGCACAUGAAGCAAAUACAUUCAGCGUCUAUUGGUGUGCUGGCACUCUCAUGGUACCCACCUAACGCAAAUGAUGAGAAUGGAAUACCUACAGAUGACCUGGUACCAACUAUUUUGGAUAAAGCACAUAAAUAUAAUCUGAAGGUCACCUUUCACAUUGAACCAUAUAACAAUCGAGAUGAUAAGAACAUGCAUGAAAAUGUGAAAUAUAUUAUAGACAAAUACGGGGGCCAUCCAGCCUUUUACAGAUACAAGACGAAGACCGGCAAAGCCCUUCCUAUGUUUUAUGUCUACGAUUCCUACGUCACCAAGCCUGAGAAAUGGGCCAACCUCUUAACCAGCACAGGCUCCCAGAGCAUCCGCAGUUCUCCUUACGACGGGCUGUUCAUCGCUCUGCUGGUAGAAUACAGGCAAAGAUUUGACAUUCUGCGGAGCGGCUUUGAUGGCAUGUACACCUACUUUGCGACCAACGGCUUCACGUACGGCUCAUCCUAUGAAAACUGGGGUAAGCUGAAAUUCUUCUGUGACCAGUUCAACCUGAUGUUUAUACCAAGCGUAGGCCCGGGGUACAUAGACACCAGCAUCCGUCCCUGGAACUCCCAGAACACCCGCAACCGAGUCAACGGGAAGUACUAUGAAAACGCUCUGAGCGCCGCCCUCCAGACCCACCCCAGCCUGGUCUCCAUCACGUCUUUCAAUGAGUGGCACGAGGGCACUCAGAUUGAAAGAGCCGUGCCCAAAAGGACAAGCCAGACUGUGUACCUGGAUUACCGACCUCAUAAGCCAAGUGUCUAUCUCGAACUGACUCGCAAGUGGGCUGAGAAAUACAGCAAGGAAAGGGCGACGUAUGUGACAGCUCACCAGCCGCCCGUUUCUCAAGACGGCGUCUGAAGUCGGAGAGUGGCGAGUCUCACCCGAGGUCAGAAACGUGCCUCUGAUCGUCAGUCACGGCAGAAGAACUGUCAGGAGCUGUAUUCGUCAUCACUGUCAUCACGAAUCAAGACCCUUUGCGCUUGUGAUCGCCACUGCCACCCUUCAGGAUGCUGCGCUCAGGAAAAGGGGCGCAGAUGACAUCGCCUAAGUCGGGAUUUGCUGAAUCUCCCACAGAAAUGGAGACCCUGCUUCCGAUUGUCACGUUAACAUUCCAAAACGGCGCUGGGUGUGUGUUUCUGUAUCUGCCGGAAGCAGAAAGGCCCACCGAAACCUUGACAGGUGUUUCCUUUUCUUACUCCCCCGUGACCAGUCAGCUUCACUGAGUGAGUAGUGAGUGAGUAGUGUUCAGACUUGCACGUCACCAUGAACCAUCCUGCCAGGGAGGCUUGCUUUUUACAGCACGGUGUGCAAAAAAAAAAUCGUCAUUUGCAUACAUGGUUCCUUAGAACAUGCUGGAUGUUUAGCAUGUCUAACAUUUUUGCUUUUCAUAUUGACUGUCAGACUGUAGAACAUAAGAGGGGUAUUUUUAUAAGAUUGAUGAUUCCAUUGCAGUGAAUAAGAAAACAUUAUUUGCUUGACAAUAAUCCCUCAAAUAGUAUUAGUUUUAGGAUACUUUGACACUAAUUGACUUGUUAUUCUUAUGCUUAAUGCAAUGUCAGUAAGAACACAGCUGUCUGGUAGGAAGAAGAAAAUUGAGACUAAUACUGGACUGCCUUAUAUUGUUUGAUUUAUUUUUGUCAGAUGGAAUAGACAAAAUUUACAUAGCAUUUUAGGGACAUGAAAGUAAAAUCCAUUUAUACCUUAAAUGUGUACAUUAAGUCUAACAUUUAACAAUGGAAGUAAUACUUCAUUAGACCAUAAGUUAUGUAAUUAUCUAAGUCUAAGUAGACACUAUUUCAUUAUGAACGUAAUACUGACUCACUACAGACUUCUGUAUAUCAUGAGAGGGGGUGGGAUACGGAGUUCUGGUGGUGGGAAUUGUGUGAAGUUGUACCCCUCUUAUCCUAUGGUUUUGCCAAUGUUUCCUUUUUAGAAAUAAAAUUUUUGGGAGUCGGGCGGUAGUGCAGCGGGUUAAGCGCACGUGGCGCAAAGCGCAAGGACCUGCCUAAGGAUCCCGGUUCGAGCCCCCGGCUCUCCACCUGCAGGGGAGUUGCUUCACAGGCGGUGAAGCAGGUCUGCAGGUGUCUGUCUUUCUCUCCCCCUCUCUGUCUUGCCCUCCUCUCUCCAUUUCUCUCUGUCCUAUCCAACAACGAUGACAACAAGAAUAUCUACAACAAUAAAAAACAAGGGCAACAAAAGGGAAUAAAUUUAAAAAAAAAAAAGAAAUAAAAUUUUUUUAAUUAUAUAAUUAUAGCCCCAUCUCAAAGCAUGAUAUCUUUAUGGUACCUGUCAGAUUAAAAACUUGUCAACAGUUGUCUUAUCUGACAAGUUAAAUUACCUGUAAGUAAUUUUAAAAAGUGGCGCAGAAUAAAAUGGACUCUAUUCUAGUAAAUCUCUACAACUAAAGCUAUUUGAAAAUGCCAAUAGAUGACGCUGCAACAGCAUUUCUUAAGCUAUUUCUGAGGGAGAGGCCGUGGAAAUAGUAACCCACCCUGUAAUACUUAGAAAUGGCCUGAGACAAAUCUGCAGGAGCAUUUGUCAUUUAAAAGCUGAUCAGAAAUCAAAAUUAUUCAAGCAGCAGUUUGAAGUAAACAUGCCUUUGGAAAGCAUGAUUAAUACUAAAAUUAGUUACAGCUUACAAAUUUAACACUUUGUAGAGAAUGCUCAAGGCAGGGAGAUUGUUAGGAACC